AAAUCAAAUCAAAUUUCACAAAAGGUUACUCCAGCGAUCCAGCGGACAGCGAGUCAUCAAUGGAGGCACAGGAACUCGCAGAAGUGCAGACAAUUAUCAAAAAGUUGGACGUCAGCAAGCAGGUGAUCCUUGGCAGAGUUUACAAGAAUGUGCCCGAUGCGUGUAAUGCCAUUUGGAAGAGUGAAUACAAUUGUUUGGAUCUGCAGAAGAUGGAACUCAAGUUGCGUGGCUCGGAUCUGCAGACAUUUAUCCAAAAAAUGUUUGCGGACUUUCGUGGCGCUCACUUUCGCUGCCAGCAGCUGCAGGAUGAGUUGAAUAUCCUGGAUCAGGCGGGCAUCAGGGAGCUGCCGAACGUCAAGCGCUGUGAGAUUACGUGGGGCACUGCCAUGCAGCGUCGAACCAACACAUUCCCCCAGUGGCCAUUUCAUGCGUUGCCUGCGCUGAUGCGGAAUCUCCGCUGUCUGGAGAUUCAUUCACCGCUGGAGGUGUGCUUCAUUGAGGGGUUCAAGCAGCUGCAGGAGCUGCGUUUCCAUGGCGAAGUGGAGACCUGGGUGCUCAAGGGCAUUCUAGCGAGUGGUCUGCCUCUGAGACUGUUGCAUUUUUUGGGCUCUCACUCGCCCGACAUCAAGGGCAUCUCGCAGUGCCAGCAGAUGGAGAAUCUAAUGAUCAAUCAAUCCGUAUUUCUGGCCAACAAAGAGGAGAUUUUCAGUCUACCCCAACUGCACAUUUUGGAAAUUAAAAAGCUCACAGAAUGCAAGGAUACGAUGAAGAAUUUAAGGCACAUUAUACGAGAGCGAGAGGAAUAUUUGAGAAUAUUUCGCUUGAAUUGCAGCUGCAUAAACAGCGCCCAGGAGCUAAUACCACUGGAGCUGCAUCGCUGUCGCUAUAUGGAUGGCCUGGAGCUGAUUGAUUGUAAUUUUGGCAAUCAGGAAAUGUUAAGUCUAGGCCUGCCUGUCACCCAUAAACAUGCCGUGUUCUGCCACUGUUCGAAUCUGCUGGAUGACCAAGUUUUGGACUUCAUUCAGGCCAAUUCAAAGUUAAGGCAACUCGUGUUUAUCCACUGCCCCAGCUUGACGGAGGAACUGCUGUCAAAAAUCUACAAACUGCGGCGGCAUGAAAAGAAAUCGUUUCCUUUAAAGAUCAAGUUCAAGGGCUCCCCGGACAUUUGGGAGGCAUAUAAAAAGAAUUUUCGCAGCUUUUGGUCGGACCGCGUGGAUGUGCUGCAAGUGGAGCGCUUCAAAAAGGACUACAACCCAUUGCAGCAUGUUCAGUUCUUAUUCAGAGAACCAACCAGUCCAGUGACGCCUGCCAAAUAAUCCAUAAAAAAACAUUUGAGAUCCCCUUUCUUUGUGGAAUAAAGAAGCUUCUUAGCCUGUGCCUUUGGGGUAUCAUUUAUCUUAAGUCUAUCAGGUGGCAUAUCGA